AUGGAGAAAGGUGGCCAGGCCUCGGACUGUGAAAGCGACGAAACGGUGAUUGAGGGGUCGGUGACGGAGAACGAAGUGGAAGAUGAGGAGCUGCCUUGGAGAAGGUUGCUCUUGAAUCGAGACACAUCUUUGAAAUCUGAGUUCUUUCUUCAUCCUGGUGUAAAUGGAGUGUGGGAAGGCAUGCCUUCUCCUGAGAUUCACCUUGGGCUCAAACUCAGAAAGGAUUCACAAGAGCAAAAGAAUAAAAAUAAGGUGAUGCUGACUCUUAGUGAGGACCUGGUGUUACAGGAUCCUCAAGAUGAAGCAACACAAAAUGAAGCUCUGUUGCAAACUAGAAAAGAAUUCCCAGCAUUCUCUGUGUCAUUUCCUCACCCUGAAGUUUCAUGGAGCCACCAAAAGACUGGAGGUCCUGAAGCUGAAAAUUAUGAAAAUGUGCCACAUCCAGAAAAGGAAUUAAGUGAAAACACAGAUUCCCCUGAAACUAGUCUUCUCUUAGGUACUUCACUUAUGGCAUCUGAGUUGGUUAUGCCAAAGGAGAAAUCAUUAGCAGAGCCAGUGAAGACCUUAGCUGUACCAAAUACAUUUUCUGAACCUGGAAAGGAUGUAACACCGACCAUGACAUCUAAAGAAACCAAAGAUGAAGAAAGCUCUCUUGAAACAUUUGUGUCUGCUUUAGAAAGGUUAAUAGAAUCACCAGAAGGCACCCAAGAAGAAACACUGCUUGAAAUAAUGAAUGACUUUGAUCCUCAAGAGUUGAUGAACCCAUUGAGCAACUCCUUGAGCUCUCUUUCAGUCCCUUUGAAUACCUUAUCAGCAUCUUAUAGAGAUGUACUAGAAAACACGAAGGAUGAGGCUGCAUUGCCUGCUGAAUUGCUGGCAACAAUCAACACAUUACUAGGUGCUGAUGUAGGACCUGGACCUGUAGGACCCAUCUGUCAAGGACCAGAGAAAAGCAGCAGUGCUAGUGAUGGAAAUGGAUGUUUAGCAGUGCAGCCUACCAUGUCUCAGAUAGAUGAAGACUGCACCCAAAUAGCACAGACUAUAGAAGAUCCAAAACCACUUAGAUUACAAACAGUGGCUCAUGGAAAUGCCACCUCUUAUGAGCAACUAAAGAAUAAGGGAAAUUCAGAUCCUGUGGAACAGCCCUCUGUCCAGGAACCCCCACAUGUCCUAAGAAGGUCAUCAAGACUGGAAAAUCUGAAAGCAAGCCGAGCUGUACUGAAGACACCAGAAACGAUUUUACCCAAACCACUCAGUUAUGAGGCUCGAAUAGACAGCAUAUUUGCAACGGAGAGUUCCAGUAAAGGGAAGAAUAUGCGUUCAUCCAGAUUCAAGAGUGAACAGAUCAGGAAAAACGAACAACUUAAAAUAAAAAAUGGAAAAAGGAAGAUGAAUAAAAUGUGUCUUAGUAGUAUAAACCGGAGAAACAUUUUUGGAGAGAAUUUACUGUAUAAAGCUGCUCUCCAUAAUGAUGUUGAUCUGGUUCGCUGUUGCAUAAAAAAUGGUGGAAAUGUCAAUCAGCCAAGUUAUGCUGGUUGGACAGCUCUUCAUGAAGCUAGUGUAGGAGGACAUUAUGAGACAGUGAGUGAACUGUUAAAGGGUGGAGCAGAUGCGGAUGUCAAAGGAAAGUACCAGAUUACUCCCUUACAUGAUGCUGUGAUGAAUGGACAUUAUAAGGUGGCAGAGUUACUUCUUCAAAAUGGAGCUGACCCAUUAUUUACAAGUGACCAUGGAAUAUGUGCUUUGGAUGAGGCCAAGGAUUCCAUUAUGGAGAAACUCCUUAGGAAAUACAUUCCUAAACAUAAAAAAUCAGGUAAGAUUGAACACUCUGGGGCUCAAAGGAAGAACACUGACCCAGCAUAUGUAGAAGAUACACUCCAGUACAAGAAACCAAAAUUAAGUUCUGAUAAUCACACGGAGUUUAAUAGACAAGAACCAGGACAUGUAGAAAUGAAAGAAAGAAACAGUUUACUUAUAAAUAAAGCAUAUAUAUAUGAACCUUGCCAGAAAAAUUCCAAUACCACAGAAUUUGGCAAGAACAAUGUCCACAAUGUGAAAGAUAGCAGAACUAAUGUGUCUAAAAAUAAAGGACAAAGAAAUACACAACAUACAAAGACUCAAAUAGAUGAUAGAGACUGCAGUUUAAGUCAGGGAAUAGCUAUUUCUUCUUUCAGGGGAGUGAAUAAAUUAGUGACUCAGCAGCAGCAUACUGUCCAAACCCUUGAUGACCUUCCAGAAGGGUCCUGUGAACUUUCUACCCCAACUCUGGCAACCUUGAAAAAUGGUGCAGGUAACAAUAGUGAGGCUUGUGUGGUUUCCAAAAAAUCAAAUACCCAAAUACUGGAUUUAUCAGAUAGUCAAGAAAUGCACUUCUCGGAAUUAGAGUCCAUUGAUCAAACUAAACAUGCUUCCUUCUCUGAACUUUCAUUAUAUGAAGAAAUAAAAUUACCACAUCUAACUGCAGAUCAACAGCCUCACACUAACCAAGAGCUAUACAGUAGUAGCUCAUGUAAGUCCCCUGAAAACAAUAGCCCAGAUGAAAAAGGCAAGAACCUUAAUGAAUGGGAAGAUUCUUUCCUCUCCUUCAUAAAAGGACGCUUUGCUGACAGUGAUAGUGAUUGCCACACCUCUACCAAGUCUGUGGCAUCUCAGAAGGAAUGUGUAGGCCACUGUCCUAAUGAAGAGAGCACAGCAAAUAGAGAAGAAAUGAACUCUCUACGGUGUUUAUCUUCUGAAAACUAUUUUUCACAGGAAAAUGAACCAACCGCAGGCAGCCUAACUACACAUACACAAAAAGAAGCUGUUAAUUAUUGUGAUUUGAAUAAUCAAUUAAUUUCUGAACAACAUAUUCCAAAUUAUAAAAAGUAUAUAUAUGGAACUUCGUUUGAUCACUCAUAUGCCAAUAAUGAGCACAAUCCUAUGCCUUGUAUAAAACUGCCUUCAACACAGAAAGUUUCACAGUUGACUGGUCAAGUGGAGCUAUUAAAAGCAUUCCAAAAUAAUGGCCACAGAGAACCAACUCUUUUAGUAAAUCAAGCUGAUACAUAUAAUGUGGAAAAGAAGCAAGACACUGAGAGGAGUUAUACUGUAAAAAGCCAAAACCCAAGUUCUUCAGAUAGUCCUUUACACACAGUUGUUCAUUCUCAAGUAAUAGAAAUAACUAACGCUGAAAAAAGGACACAAGACCUUCCAGGGAAUGAGUCUGUGAACAAUACAGAUAUUCAUUCCAUUGACCAUGUGAAUAAAGAGUUGGCCAACUCCUCACAGCCUAAUCAAGGAAAAGAGAAGGGAAUUGCUCACAGAUCAGAUGAGGAGUUAACUAAUAAUACCAGUAGAUCUGAAAGAGCUGUAAGAAAUUGCAAGGAGAAAAAGGGAAAUGUGGAUUCAGAAGCUCACAUGCCUUGUGAUACCCAAGAACACAGAAAAGACCAGAAUUUCAGAAAAAGAAAAAUUUCCUUGAAAACUCCCUGCAGCCAAGAGGCAAAGACAGCUGGAAUCAAGAAGAGAAAUGCCAAAGGACAGAGCCAGCUCCACGUGGCUUCCAGAGGAGGAAAUCUGUCCCUAGUGAAAGUUCUGAUAGAGUCUAGAGCAUAUGUGAAUCUAAAAGAUAAUGCAGAUUUGGGUUGGACACCCCUUCCUGAGGCAUCUAGUGAGGGAUUUACUGAUGAGUUAUUAAAAGCUGGUGCAAAUGUAAACUCUGAAAAUGUAGAUGGAAUGCUGCCUUUACAUGGUGCUGCUGAGCGGAAUCAUUUAAAGGCUCCUGAGAUACUCCUAGAACAUGGAGCAAACCCUAAUCAGAAAGAUCAGAAACAGAGGACUGCUUUGGAAGAGGCAGAUGAUAAAAAAAUGAAAGAACUACUGAAAUCUUAUGGUGCUAUUGAGACCAGUAAUGGAGAUGAAACGGGCUCUGCAGUGACUGUAAAAUGCCCUGCUCUCCGACCGAAAAGAUGUAAGCCGUGUAUUUGUGACGAUGAAAGAACAGUUGGGCUUCCUUGGCCCUUACAGAGAGCGAAGACAAGGGAAGGCCUUCCUACGCAUCAGACCAUCAGUGCUAUUAUACAAGAUAUAGAAGAAAAACAAGAAAACUUAUUAAAGUUUGAAAUAAGAAACUCUGAAGAUGCAGAGCAGUACAUUGGAAAGAUGUUAGAUAUAAAAGAAGUUCUGGAUAAUAUACUUGCUCAACAGAAGACAGAAAGAGAUGAUCUAGCCAAAAAAUACAGGGUAUCCAUGGAGUCAUUUAAGCACGGAGCCCUGAGAGAACAACUGGCUAACUUGGCCACAAGACAGAAGAGUCUUUUAGUUGUGGCAAAGAAGCAGAAAAAAAUAAGACUGAAAAUUCAAAACUAUAAGAAUGCCAUACCAUUUUCUGGUGUUAGUUUAAGGAAGCUUCCGUGUAGCUCAGACAUCUCUAGUGAGAAGAAGAGCCAAGAGUCUCCUCGUCUGGAAAACUCAGUCCAUCCCCAGGCAGGCCCACUGUCUCCUGCCAAUCUUGCUUCUGUUUCUCCUGUCAGCAGAAACAUGGAAGACAUACAGAAGGACAGCCAGGACAGAAGCAUUUGUUUCAGUACAGAAGCAGUGAAAGGAGGAGAAUUCUCUGGAAGUGAGAUGAAUUCUAAACAGAAUGUCCAAGAUUGUGCUUUGGGUGGGUUAUUGAAAUCCAGACACUCAGAUGGCACUGAGAAAAUGAAAUUGUCAUCUCAGCCUGUUACUUUUAUUCCUCAAGCAGGAAAUUCACAAGCAGAAAAUAGUUUUACAGAAACUGUGGUCCAAGGCUAUGGACUUGAUAGUUCUCCUGCAGUGACUGGCACUACAAAUAUUUCAGAAGAUAAAAGUGUAUUUUCCCAAAAUGAUGCCUGUCCACCACCUGUUCCUCAGAAUCAGAACCUUUUCUGUUGUAAUCCAAAAAGAAGAAACAAGGAAACAGUUUCCCAACAACCAUCUGGGGGAGCAUCAAAACCUCUGGCUCAUCAAGUGAUUGCUGUCUUAGACACUGAUACUGUGCAGCAGACAAAGCCAUGUCUUAAAAAAACAGCUUCUGUUGUUUCCCAUGCAAACAGCGUUCAGAACUCUCCUUCUUCUGGGUCUGCCCAUCCACAUUCUAUUAAAAAGCCUUCACACCACAGCAUAGCUCCUAAAAAGAAAAAUGUGCAGCUGAAAGAUUUGAUAUUACUUGGAAGAAUUAAUCCAGGAAAUGACAUUUUGGAAUUCAAAACACAGGAGACUACCUACAAAGCCAGUAUUUUAUUGAGUGGUAAACUUAAGGUAGAAAACGGGCAGAUUUACCAGAACCCAGUUACCUGGCUCAAGGAUCUUCUGGGUGGUGGCAAUUAUGUGACCUGGAAUUAUGCCUGGAGUAAGGUAACAUAUCUUGGAAAGGAGCUUUUGAAGUAUGUUUCUGAAGAAGUGCCUGUUCCUCCAGAACCUUGUAGCACACCUCAGCAACAGCAGCCUUGCCUCCCAGCCAACACUCCCAGGAAGUCAAUGCAAGGCAUCCCUCAUUAUCUACAGAUAACAGAGAUACUCUCCAUCAGCGAUCAGGAGCUUCUGCCAUGCCCUGUAAUGGAGCAGUACUGGAAGUUCUAUGUGGGACGCAAGACGCUAACCUUCUGAAGACUGCUGUUCUCGGUAGCUUAUUUAGUG